AUGUGUACGGAUUUUACUAAUCUAUACAUGCAGUCUAUUUACGAUUUAAGAGAAGUGACUAUGCAGUUACAUGAGAUGGUCGACGCACAGGUGGAGUCCUUUGGGAUGCCCAUCUUGACCCGAUUGUUACAAACCGGAAGACAUCAGUACAAACACUCGUUGACGUGGCGGUCCCCUCUAUACUUUCUGUCCAGACACAACAUGCACUACGCCCAUCCAUAUGUGGAGGCACCGAUCAGCCACCAUGACUGGCUGAACGACAUGCUUCUCACAGAUCACGGUUUGCACAGGUUUGAUGGCAGACCCAGGUUUGAUGGCAGACCCACGGAGGUACAACGUCAAAAAGAAGAACGCGAGGUGAAUGGACUGCUCAGUGAAGUAUCCAGCGAACAAGCCAGCCCCAGCGAACAAGCCAGCCAUCAAACAAGUGAUCUUCCGAGUGAACAGUCCGACCUUGGGCUUACUCAGCACCCUCAAGACCAAGGGGGUUUGAAUGCUGCGAAGGAUGAGCUUAAGGUCGUUGUUAAAACUAAACCGAGAAAAAGGAAAAAAAAGAAGAGACUUAGAUUCACAUCAAAACGCAAAGUUCGGAAAGCAGAGGCCAAGACAGAGAAUAUCAAAUUGGAACGGAAAGACACGGCUUACUCCGGGGGCGAUCGGACAUAUCUGUUGCCCCACUCCGGAAAGAAGCAGCAAGAAAUUGGUCAGCAAGAAAUUGGUCAGGUUCAUGGAAUGGCGCAAUCCCAGGUAGUAAAGCAGGUCCCGGAGGUGGAACAGUCGGGAGUGGAGGAGCAGCUGCUUGCGGGGGCAUCGUAUCCGGACAUGGAGAAGCAGGUGCUUGGAGAAGAAAACUCGUACUCAGACUUGAGCUCAUACCAGCUGGUGGUGGACGGUCUUCUUGAGGUGGACGGUCUUCUUGAGGUGCAUGGCCCCCUUGAGGACACCCCGACAGGACAGACCCCGACAGGACAGACCCCGACAGGACAGACCCCGACAGGACAGACCCCGACAGGACAGACCCCGACAGGACAGACCCCGACAGGACGGUCCCCGACAGGACGGUCCCCGACAGGACGGUCCCCGACAGGGCGAACCCCAGACUUUCUUGCGCCGCCAGGUGGUGGACGGAGUACCGGGCCGGGGGUGGGUGAGUCGCCGAGAAACUUGAUUUGGCCGGAGCAUUUGGUUGACCCUUACGAUCGAGCCGUGCGUGUUUGGGAGUUCAUAGUUAAAAACUCAAACAGCUUCAUGGAUUGCCAAAGCGUGGUUGUGCGGCAGUUUGAUCGGGUGGCGUUGGAGACUGAGAUGCAGCCGGCGCUUGAGGACCUUACCCGAAUGACCCUUAAUUUCAAUGAACACACACCAAGACCCCGGCUCAACCCACGACAACACUAUGGUGGAGGACUCAGCCCGGCUCCACCGCCACCGACGCCGACCACGCCGGGAGCAAGACCCCGGGGACGACCUCCAAUCCGGAGACUUGAAACAGAAGGUCCUUUCGUCGACAGACGGGGAGGAGGGAGACCACCGGGAGGAGGGAGACCAUUGAGUGGGGGGCGGCCCGCCGCCCCGGGACGAGGAAGACCCUCCCCGAAGAGGAGGCUCACUAUCCAGAAACGCAAGACCUCCAUGGGUACCGCCCUGGGGACCGCCUCGGGGACUGCCUCGGGGACUGCCUCGGGUACUGCCACGGGGACCGCCACGGAUACCGCCACGGGUACCACCAUGGGUACCGCCACGGGGACGAUACCCUCAACUGGCUAG